AGCUGCAAUAAUUUAAGGUGGAAUUCAAAUAAGAAACUGAAAAUGAGAAACCGUAUUCAAGAGCCUUGUUCUCUUUGUGGCCACACCACUGAUUCUGUUGAACUACACGGCUGAGCUAGGUGAACUAGUAUAGCUUGAGGUGAGAGCAUGGCGGUUUUAUCUAAGGAAUAUGGCUUUGUGCUACUGACUGGAACAGCUUCCAUUUUCCAGUUGACCUAUCUGUCCUAUGCUGUGGUGAAGGCUCGCAAAAAAUACAAUGUGAAGUAUCCCACAAUGUACAGCGAUGACCCAGAGAAUGGCCAUAUCUUCAACUGCAUCCAGAGAGUUCACCAGAAUACUGUUGAAGUCUUGCCAUCCUUCCUGUUCUUCUUGGCUGCUGGCGGCAUAUACCAUCCACGUCUGGCCAGUGUUUUGGGAAUAAUCUGGAUUGCUGGUAGAGCAGUGUAUGCACAUGGAUACUCCUCUGGAGUGCCUGAGAAAAGGACGCGUGGAGCUUUUGGGUACGUGGGUCUGCUGGGUCUAUUACUGUGUACUAUGGACUCUGCCAUAACCAUGCUGGGAUGUGGCUGCCAACCCAAGUGGCCCAGAGGGAUGUUUAAAACCCUCUAAAUAAAACAGACACACUAUUACUGUAUGUUUCGUUUUAAUGUGUGACUGAUGUUGUUAGUAAAAUAAAGUCAAUAAUAUGAUACAUCAAAA